GUAAAUCUUGAAUAAUAAAAGCGAAAUCUCUAAGAAAAAUGUACAAUAGAAAACAAGAGCAUCCACAAAAAAAGUGACCAUUCAAAAAAAGAUCACAAUAUAAUAAUCAUUAAAAUGUAUAAGCAUGGAGCGCGUGGCUGUAGAACAAACAUAAAACCAGGGGCUACCUAAAAACGUUGGCCCAUUGGACGAUACUGGACUGUGAGUGGCCGGAGUUAGGCCCUUUCGAUUAAUUUGAGGGCUAUGGAUUUCCUGGCAACAUCUGAAGGCCAGCUGUUUGUUGGUGUUGCUGUUGGUCUUAUUGCAAUUGUUGCCGCAUACUUCUUGUUGUCUUCGAAGAAGCCCAAAGCCUUAGUGUGCUUGGAUCCUGAGAAGUUCAAGGAGUUCAAGCUUGUAAAAAAAACACAAAUCAGCCAUAAUGUGGCAAAGUUCAAGUUUGCCCUUCCUACGCCUACCUCCAUUUUGGGCCUUCCUAUUGGACAACACAUAAGCUGCAGGGGUAGGGACAGUCAAGGUGAAGAGGUUAUUAAGCCAUAUACUCCAACAACCUUGGAUUCUGAUAUUGGAUAUUUUGAGUUAGUAAUAAAGAUGUAUCCCCAAGGAAGAAUGUCUCAUCAUUUUAGAGAGAUGCGUGAAGGUGAUUAUUUGUCCGUGAAAGGACCAAAGGGUCGUUUUAAGUAUCAACCAGGGCAAAAGAGGGCAUUUGGUAUGCUUGCUGGAGGGUCUGGAAUCACACCAAUGUUCCAGGUUGCUAGAGCUAUCCUUGAAAACCCCAAUGACCAUACAAAGGUGCAUCUGAUUUAUGCUAAUGUUACGUAUGAAGACAUUCUGCUGAAGGAUGAAAUAGAUAGCCUUGCCAAAAACUACCCUGGCAGGUUCUAUGUUUACUAUCCUCCUGAAGUGUGGAAUGGUGGGGUCGGUUUUGUGUCGAAGGAAAUGAUUCAAGCUCACUGCCCAGCACCAGCCUCUGAUAUUCAGAUUCUGAGAUGCGGUCCACCCCCAAUGAACAAAGCCAUGGCUGGUCAUCUCGAAGCUCUCGGAUAUUCUGCUGAAAUGCAGUUUCAGUUCUAACUUGUCCUAAAUUUUGACUUGAUUUUUAUUCUGUUCUUGAAAAGUGUAGGAUUUUCUCUCCAUUGUCCUCGACAAAUAUGUCUAAGCUGAGAAAUCGCAUACAUUAUUAUAUCUUAUCAAUAAAAAGGAUCGAUUUUGAUGCAGUAGUUUGGAUUUUUUUUUUACUGUUUUUCUGCAUGAUAAAAUGAAACAGUCUCUUGUACAGGACCAGGACUUGGCAAUGGAAAGGAAAUUAUCACUUGAUAAAUUAAAUACUAGGUGG